AUGCAGCCAAUGGAAAAAAAAAGAGAUGCAGAAACUAUCGAAGAGCGAGAAAUGGGUAUUGAAUGUAAAUGCAAUAAAAGGCAAAAGAAAAUAAAUACAGAAACUGUCGAGGAACGAGAAAAACGUCUCGCACGAAAGAAUGUUGAAAUACUUGAGAAACAAGAAACUCAUAUUGAGAAUAACCAUGAAUCAGAACUUUCAGAAUCUGAUAAAAAACUUUUAAAUACUUUUUAUAAAAUAAUAGUGAAAACUAGAAAUGAGUAUUGCCUGACUUGUGAAGAACAUUUUCUCUCUAUAAUUCUCUAUCAAGGUGAAUGCCAACGAUGCUAUAAAGAAAAGGCCCCAAAAAAAUUUUCAAUUGAAAAUAACAUGAAUCCAGGUGAUAUACCUCAGGAGCUCCAGAAUCUUACUAAUAUCGAAGAUAUGUUGAUCGUACAGGUUUUUCCUGUAGUAUCAGUUUAUAAUCUUUGUGGAGGACAGUAUGCAUAUUGGGGAAAUGUUAUCAAUUUUUUCCAAGAUAUACAAAGCUUUAUAACUCGCCUUCCACAUCAUCCUUCAUUGUUAAAUAUGCUUAUUAUUAAUAAUCCCUUUUAUCACAAUAUUGAUAUUGAUGAGAAUAUACUUCAAUUGUUACCUGAAAAUGGCUCGAUAAUUGAACAAUUCCCGCAGAUUUCAAAUAAUGAUAAUUUAAAUGAUGAAAAAGAAUUGCAUGAAGACAAUGAGACCAUGAAGAUAAUUAACUUACAAAAUAAAUAUCAGCCUCCAGUAAUUGAAUGGCCCAAUAUCGAACAUAUACCAAUUGAUAAAUUUAAUACCCCAGAAUAUAUAGCAUGUGCUUUCUCUGCACUUUAUCCUUAUGGUAUUGCUGAUUUACAUUCACCCAGAAUCAAAAAGGUCCAGCUAGCCGAGUAUUUUCAACAUCUCUUGAAAUAUAAAGAUGCAUUACAAUGUGGGCAGGUAUAUGUCAAGCAGAACUUAGAAGACGGUCAACUCAUGGCUGAAGAGAUUCAAGAGUUAUUGCAAUCUAAUACUAAUAUAACAAAUCAUUUAGAAUCUCAAGGGAUGGUAUUUUUUACCUUUAUUUCUGCUGACCUACAAUGGCCUGAAUUACAUGAUCUCAUGCCAAAUAGUGAAAAUCCAGUAGAUGGUGAAAGUGACAAGGAGGCUGCUAAAUUCUUAGUUCCAAAGUGGAAUUUAAUAGAUUGGUGGUUCUGCUUUGAGUGGCAGCACCGAGGUAGUGCACAUAUUCAUAGAAUUGGAAUUAGAGGUGAUGCUUUAAAUGCUAAAUUGAACAAAAUUAAAGCUGAUGAAAAUUUAAUGCAAGAUAUUUUGCAAUAUAUAGAUACCUUAAUUACUACUAUCAAUCUGGAUAUAAAUGCACCAAUACCAAAUAAACAUCCAUGUCAAAAACGUAUGGAAUACUGUAAAGCUGAUUUACAAGACUAUGUUGAAUUAGUCAACAAACUUCAAAGACAUAUGCGAUGCA